AGAGCGCCCAUGAAUAGGGCUCGCACAUUUCCAAGUUUUGUCGUCUGUUUUUUCUGCCAUACCCUCACUAAAACACACAUAAAUCUUAUCUGAAAGAGCAAGCAUAUACCAUAGCACAUUGUAGUGCUCAGCAACUUCAAAAGAAUAGCCGAUAAUUGACGUCAUAUACAAGUCCAAAUGCCCUCAGAUUCCAAGAAGUUUCUUAAACUCGAAUGUUCAAAAUGUAGGGCCCUCAGAGACCCCGAUGAGUACAAAGUCUGUAGCGGAUGUAAGGUUGUCGGUUAUUGCUCUAAGAAAUGUCAAAAAGCACAUUGGCCAUCACAUAAGACAUCCUGCCUAUUCAUACAAAAUGGAAAGCCUGUCCUACAACGUCACCCUCUGAUUAAAUUCGUCGAGCACCUUCGUGGAGACAAAACCAUAUCAUCUUCUCUUGUACCCGUCCUUGUCGCUGCCUUGGACCUUACAAACCACCCUGAAAAUGCAGACAAGUUCUGCGUCAUGCUUGUAGCUCGCCUGGUACCUAUCACCUCAGACGAUCAUUAUGACGAUGUAGCGCCAGCACGACCGGGUUACAAAACUCCUCGUGCGCGUGCUUCUUCGAGUUUGCCUGGUGUGACAAAACAUCCCAAGUUUGUCCAUCUCGUGCGCACAUACACUUUACCUCUUUCAGUCGUCGGUGAUACUGUCGGUAUGGCCGCAAUUCACUGUCGACGCACCACAGACGCACUGUCACUAAGGGAUCCAAGGUACACCGAUGCUUUUGUCCUUCGGGCCUUGUGGAUUCCUGAGGACGGUGUCAGUGCGAUCAGCUUUGUCGACUCUCUAUCUAGGGAUCUUCUCGAACGUGUGGAGGAGGUAAUCCAGCUCAGAGGCAAAAAAGCUGGUAAAGACACGAUGGACUGGUUGAUCAAUCAUUUCAAUAGACAGCGGAGGAUAUACCCCGAAAUCAGGGAGAAAGUGACCGUGAUGGAUUCAGUGGAAGAUAAAUGAGUUGAGAUACCAUCGAUGUUUAGUGUUCCGUAUGUCAUGCGUGGCGGUUGUUCACCGCAUAUCUCGGGUUGAUUCCAUCGUUUCCGUUGUCUCAUUGUAGCCUAACAUGUAAACUGACUUCUGUACCGCUUCUAAAGGCUUUCUAGGCCCGUGUCGCUGCUAUAUUCCUUAUCACCUUCACUUUCUUGAUUGCUUUUGUCCUAUUCGUCCGCCUCGUAUGUUGACUGCGUUCCAGACAUGUACAAUAUACGCCAGUCACAUCAGCAAUCACACUGGAUAAUUCGAUAGUCCGAGUCGAAUGAUUCGCGGUGCGUCGUGCGCAACUCAUCGGAA